AUGGCGGGGAACAUGUCAAAUACAGGAGAAAGCAGUGAGUUUCCAAGCUUAAGCAAAUCGUGGCGUCUGAAACGAUACGGACGGUUCUUACCGAAGAACAGCGAAAGCGAUGGAAACUCCUCGUGGAAGGUCUUUGAGCCAAGUGACAGUGCAGGACAGCUGGUGUUAACCAUGGUGCAGUCAGGACACCUGCUUGUGUCCCUAGGCCAGGAACUUCUGGAAGGCUUCUCCCUGCUCGACGCUUCAAGCUUCCUGAAGGUGCAGAGGAAAUCUGAUAUCUUAUUGUUCCGCAUGACAGCCAAGGGAGAGAGCCGCAUGUUCAGGGUGCAGUUCGAGGGCGCCAGCAGGGGGGAGGCGCUGGAGGCCUGCGAGUCCGCCACGCUCAGACUGCAGGAGCACCUGCCCGUCGGCACGCCAGCGGACGCCCCGCCCACAGCGCAGGAGCAGGGGAUGCGUGCAGAGGAGACGCCGAGAGCCUUGCCCGAAGUCACACAGAGCUCUGUGUCGGUCAGAAGCCUUGCACAGUCCUUCCUGGGGCAGCCUGGGCUCUCUCUGCCCCUGGCCUACAGCCACUCCGCCCUGCCGAGUGGGGACCUGGGCCCCUUUCUCCGCCUCUGCCUGCUGGACCGCAGCUUCCCCGCCCUGGUGGAGGAGGUGGAGGGCGAGCUGAAGAAGCUGACCCAGGACUGA